UUCAUUCCCCUGUUUUCUCCCAGAUCCCUACACUCCAAUCAAUCCCAAUCUCUCUCCAACAAUCUCAGUCAUGCCCUAAAUCCUAAAAUGGCUACACGUAGCCACACCACCGAGUUUGGCUCCAUAGCCUGCGACAACCUCACCGAACUGGGUUCAGUCAAGGAAGGCUGGCUCUCCGACAACCCUCACAUCCUCACCGCCUUCGACACCCACUCUCUCGCCCUCGCCAACCGCUCUCUCGUCCUCAUCCUCGACUUGUCCCACGGCACCGACCCGGCUAGUCUCCGGGUCAAGAUCCGGCCCACAUUGUCCCCGAUCGAGGCCGAGUACGUGUCUGCGAUUGAGUGGUUGGUGUUUGAUGAUUUUCGAGUGAUUGCUCUCGGGACCUCAUGUGGGUAUUUGUUGAUUUACUCUCUUCAAGGCGAUCUAAUUCAUAAGCAGAUUGUAUAUCCUGCUCGAAUUCUUCGUCUAAGAGUCCAUGGCACCAAGAAAGUUAACACGCAAGAUACAUCAUCUGAGGAGAUUUGUGUUGCAAUGCCUGGUCUGAUUGCUCGUUUUGAUGGAUCUGAGAUCCAGAGCAUGCUUCAGCGAUGGUUUCAAGAAACAAGCUCUCAGUUCUGGGAUCAAAAGAGAGAUGCAGAUGAUUGUGGGAGUUCCCAUGGAAGACUGCCUUACCAGCUAUGGAACGUUAACAAGUACGGGUCAUGUGCUGAUGCAGCAAUAACUGGCAUAAUGCCUCCCCCACUGUUGGAACAGCAGUCAAGUCAACGUUAUUAUUGUGCAGUUACCAUUGGAGAUGAUGCUGCAAUUUCAGCAUUCAGACUAUCAGAGGACCACGGUAGGUCUUUGGUAGGAGCUAUUCUGUCAAAAGUCGUGCCAGCAACAUUUUCAACAAUAGCCUCUUUUUCAAAAAUGAUAUGGCGGAGUGAACAAAAAUCAACAAAAAAGCGAGAAGCAAAGCCCCAACCAUUUGCUCGAGCUUCUCCUCUUAUGUGUUUGAAGGAUUACCCAAGGAAGGGUGAGAAGCUCACCUUAUCACCUAGUGGUACAUUGGCAGCAAUAACGGAUUCACUUGGCCGUAUACUACUUUUAGACACCCGGGCACUCAUUGUAGUGCGGCUAUGGAAGGGAUAUCGUGAAGCUAAUUGCCUGUUUAUGGAAAUGCUAGUCAAUAAAGAUACAGCAACAUCAAGUUCCAAUUAUUAUGAACAUGUGAAGAGUGAUUAUUGCCUGUGCUUAGCCAUUCAUGCACCUCGAAAAGGGAUUAUUGAGGUUUGGCAGAUGAGGACAGGACCCCGACUUCUCGUCAUUCCAUGUACAAGAGGGAGCAAAAUACUGCAACCCACCUACAGAUUUGGGUCGUCAUCCAUGUCAGCUUCAUCUUAUGUUCCUUUGGAGGUUUUUUUGUUGAAUGGUGACUCUGGUCAAUUCUCAGUUUUAAAUCGAUCUCUUAAUUGAAUUUAUGUUAUUUUUUCUCUCCCAUUAAUUGAAUUUAUUUUUGUGUUUAACAACAUUUUUUUUAACUUACCAGUCAUUUUUUAAUAAAACUAUGCUAUCUUGCAAUUUUACUC